CGAACGCCAACUGGCUUGUGUCAAGUCGAGGCAGACGGAUGUGAUCGAGCCCAAAAAAUCACCUGUAUUCUGGCAUUCAUGGUGACACAUCCAUGGGCUCAGAGCGGGUGGAGAUGCGUAAGAGACAGAUGCAGGUUCACCAGGAAGCAGCUGCCAGUGUCCUCCAAGCACGCCACAGAAUGGGAAACACCCCCACCAACGCCUCAAACGCCUGCUGCUUCUGCUGGUGCUGCUGCUGUAGCUGCUCCUGUUUAACUGUUCGGGGCGAUGAUGAGACGGUACAAAGAUCAACGUUUGAGCGCAGAACAGAGGGAACCACAAACUGUGAAGAAAGCCUGAAGCCUACUCUGGAAGACGCCCGCUCCUGGUCCACGUCGUUUGAAAAGGUGAUGAAGAGUGCAGCGGGUCGCAGCUGCUUCAGGCAGUUCCUGCGGACGGAGUUCAGCGAGGAGAACAUGAUGUUCUGGCUCGCCUGCGAGGAUCUCAAAAAGGAGACCAACAAGACUGUGGUGGAGGAGAAAGUGCGUCAAAUAUACGAGGACUUCAUCUCCAUCCUGUCCCCAAAAGAGGUCAGUCUGGAUUCGCGUGUUCGAGAGGUGAUAAACCGCAACAUGCUGGAGCCGACCUCGUGCACGUUUGAUGACGCCCAGCAGCAGAUCUACACGCUGAUGCAGAGAGACUCAUACCCCCGCUUCAUAAACUCGUCUGUGUACACAGACCUGCUGAAGAGCCUGGAGGAGCCACCCCCUGAGACAUAGACUCUCUACUGCCACCUUUAGCUUUUAAAAAUGGCGCAUGCGUCCCACCUGAAGGAGGUUUUGGUGUGUUUUCCUGUUGGAGUUGUGCUAUUUAAAGACAGACAGACAAACAGGAAAAUGAACACUUCUUUAAACCGGUCUUUAUCCAGCUGUAACUGCUGUUUAUUUACUCAUGAUUAACUUACCAAAAUACGUGGAGCAAACAAGAACAAAUGCUACAUCCAGCAGCUGUUACUUGUUUGAAAACAUAUCUAUAUUUUUCUAUAUUCCCAAGCGCUUGACAUUGCACUUUUCUACCUUGUUUAAUGAGGGAAAGCAUGUAUCUGUGAGCACUGCAUUUGUAUUUAGGAUUAUUGUGAGCCUUAAUGCAUAUCCAGUUCUUGUAGAAACUCGUAGGUUUUAUUUAACAGUAACUUAAGAAGAAGGAAAGUGCCUUGGAAUAAGAUCUUCUACACUCGCACCUUUGGUCUAACAAGAAAUGGUGCAACAAUGACUUCAUGUUGGUGCUUUCAGCUCUUCUCAAAGAAACAUUUGUACAACUUGAUGAGCUGAUACCCGGGAAUAGAGCUUGUCUGUGUGUUUCAAUACUGUGAUAUAAGUUAUAAUAUAUUUAAUUUAAAUAAAAACAGGGAAGAAAAAGUACUAAAUACAUGACCAUGACCACUGAUAUAUUUGUGUAUUUAAAAAGGCAUUUGUGUGAAAUAGCUAUCUGAAUUCUCACAAAUCAAAUAAAGCACAAUCAUAUGUCUUGUCGCUCAUUUUGUCAACAUUCAAAGAUUAUUAUUUCUUAUAUACAUUAUGAGAGAUGCUUCAGUAUAUUAAUUAAGCAGCCUGUUUAUCUUUUGUUGCUUGCAUGUUAUUUCAAAAUGAUAAUAGCUGAGAUUUCAACAUACAAGGGCGGUAAUUCAUAUUGUUUAUCAUUACAGUUACCUUUUCCCCAGUCAGUUUAACAUAUCCUCCUGAGGCCUGAGCUUUUGUCUGGAACACACGUUUAGUUUCUCCCACUUAUCUUGGAUAGGAAGAACCUGAUAAGUUUAAAACUCAGCCUUGUCUUUGAACAGGAAUUUUUGAUAUCCGUAAAUCUUUUGAAGGUCAUGUUUCGGCAGGAAAUACAGCACUGGAUCAGUUUAAUCUCUUGGAAAUUUUCCUUCACAAAUCCUCACAAAUUCCCUAAAAUUUCAAAGAAAUUACUUAAAAUCUCUGUGAAAAUUCUUUAAUAUACAUUUUAAAAGUAUCCCAAAAAGAACCCUAAGAUUUCUUUUAAUAUUCCCCAGAUUUUUCUGCAUAACUUUAUUAUAAAAAAGUAAAUUCCUGAAAAACUCUCAAGCAAAUUUCCCAAAAUUUCAAGCAAAUCCUUCCUUAGAUUUCUUAUCAAAUUGCCCCCAAAAUUACAAAUUGAUUUUCUGAAAUUUCUAUUAAAAUGACAGUGAGCAUCCAAACAAAUUCCCUAAAAUUUCCAUGAAAAUUUCAAAGGACCAAUCCCCACCACCACCAUUAAAAUAUCCCCCCAAAAUUUCAAAAAAUCUUA